CUAGGGUUUAGGUUUUUGGUCUUUUGUCCUGCUACCAUGACGUAAUUCUUCACCGUCCCAGCUGAGAGCGCGGCUGGUUUUGUUGUCAUGGUAACGCUCAACAAGCAGCAUGGCGGAGGAGAAACUUUCGUUUGAGCAAGCGUUCACAUUCAACCUGCUGUCCAAAAAAACGUCCACGUUUCAGCAAGACCCAAAGAUAACAAGACUCCUGAUGAAAUGGUCGAUGUUGGGUCGCAUAACCACCCAGGCAUUUAACUUUGACCAACCCUUCCAGCCUUAUAGGUGGAAUGACUUUGCCUGGAAUUUCUUUCAAGAUCCCUGUGUAAAGUACAAUUUGAAGGUACUUGAUAACUCUGGAUCAUGGACACUGCUGGGUAGAGACAUCACACAUGUAAAUGCUGAAGUUAUUCCUUGUACAAAAGUCUCAGUGGAAAUGUUUGAUCCAAUUUACUCAAACGAUAUUGUUCACCCCUCUGGACACAUUGUCAAAUGUUACCAUGAAAUACACCCUAACUUUGAUGAGUUACGCAGGAUUUUGCUUGAAGAGGAUUCUGACAAUUAUCAUAAAAUCAGUGCGGAUGAUCGUCAGGAAUUUCUGUUCAGAUUGUUCAAGCAUAUGGUUUUAGGAGGUGAACUUUGCCAAUAUGAGGAUGUUAUUCACCCUUACAUUGACACUGCUAAAAUAAUAUACAAAGAUAUGGUCAGUGUUCAGAAGGACCCGGGCACAAAAGACAUUAGUUUGGUCUCAACGGUCUUGAAGGUUUCUGCUUAUGAUAUGUCUGGAUUGUGCUACCCAUCUGCCGUAGAAAAUGAGCAGACGUUUGCUUACCUCAGUAUUGAUCCAUUCAAGAGGCAUGUGUAUGUCUUAUACCAUUCCUUUGGUAUAGGGGAUUUUUCAGAGAAACAGUGAAAAACACAAAGAUAUUAUAAAAUACAUGUAUAUGGCUACGUAUUUGAGUUUGGACAUUUGUGAAAAGAGCUUGAUGGAAGUUGUUUUUGUUAUUUUAUUAGCCAAGUUGUUCUUGUUAAUUAUACAUGGUUAUGUUUUUUUCAUUUUUUCUUUAUAAAUUACACUAAUAGCCUAUUUGAUGCGUGAAAUACUCUAAUCUUUCUUUGUUUAUAUCUAUAAUUAUUUUGUUCUGUGUUGUACCUGUCCUUUUAGUAAAGGUUAAGAGCCAAUAGUACAAUAACAUGUGUGUUUUUAAAAAUGGUAUUGAUGAUACGAUUUAAGACUGGCUUGCUUCACUCUCA